UCCACACACUUACCGGUCUAAAAAAACAUAAUAAAUACAAAGCAUUUUUGCUGUCAUUCAAAGCCAAUUAUGAAUGAAAUGGACGAGCUUCACUCCAUUGCUAAUUACAAUGGCUACUGCAACUCCUCUUUUGCUUGGGAAUUUCAUAAUCUCGGAGUUCUCAACGCCGACAUGUCUCACUCUUUGGUGUGCAUUCCACCAUUUAUCUCAUCUUCGGAGUCUGAUGUUUCUACGGGCUAUCUGCAAGACGCUUUGUUCGAAUUCAGCUCGUCGAAACGUAGGCGAACGAAUUUCGACCAAAGUUUCAGAAUUGAGAGUUGCUGGAAAGAGAAUUGCACGGAAGAUUAUCCUGACAGUUUUAAUCUUUUGAGUCAGAUUAAUGAGAUUCAUAGCAAUAUUUCAGGAAAGAGUAUGAAGAAUAGUAGCUCAUCAGCAAGUGGAAAGAACAAUAGUGAUGAAAGAGAGACAGUUUUGACAGACGAUAUCAAAGAAGCAGAAGAGGCAAUAUCAGCUUUUCAAGGGUCACUAGAUUCUUCGUCCUCUUCCCAAACAAAAUAUUCACUUAACAAAAACAACAACGUUCACUCCUUAUCUCUUCAUAAAGAAACCCUAUAUUCCCUACAUGGCAUGUCUACUUCUCCUGGUGAUGAUAUUGAGAAGAAAAGAAAGGUGACAACAAGAGUGGUGUAUCCAUUUGCUGUGGUUAAACCAGGAGGAACUGAAGGUGACAUGACCUUAAACGACAUCAAUGAGAGGCUUCUGAUGCCCCCGACUAGGCCGGUAAGGCAUCCGGUGGGGGAAUUUGCAUGCCGGCCGGUGGCGUCGGCCAACGGACCGGGGUUGUCCGGUAAGGCCGUGGUGGCUCUGACGAGAAUUCAGACACGAGGGAGUGGUACUAUUACCAUAAUUAGGACUAGAGGUUGAUUAGUCAUGCAUAAUUGAGAUUAUCUCUUGUACUUGAUUAACUACGUUCCUAGUUGAUUUUGAUUCAGUCUUGUUUUCUUCAAUUGUACAGACACAAGUAUAUGCAUGAUGUACAAAUUAACUUCACUACAGAAAAAACAAUUAUUUUCGACUGUCC